GGACACUGUUUUGUUGCACAACCUGUAGCAAAGCUAUCAUUAGCGGGCUAACGUCGCCUCGUCCAUUACGACAUGCACACCGAUAGACUUUAACCUCACCCAGUGAAACGAAGGCUAUUUGUGAUGUCGGAGCCCAACCCCCCUACUCCAACCCCUGGAGACACGUACAAGGGUUGGCUCUUCAAAUGGACUAACUACAUAAAAGGUUACCAGAGACGUUGGUUCGUGCUCAGCAAUGGACUGCUGUCUUAUUAUAGGUCACAGGCGGAGAUGGGCCACACAUGCCGGGGCACCAUCAACUUAGCCACAGCUAACAUUACUGUGGAGGACUCGUGCAAUUUUGUCAUUUCCAACGGGGGUGCACAGACCUACCAUCUGAAGGCCAGCUCAGAAGUAGAGCGCCAGCGAUGGAUCACUGCUCUGGAACUUGCCAAGGCUGUCCACAUGCAUGCAGACUCUGAUGACUCAGGGGAUGACUGUCCUGCAGUCCCCCCGGCACCGGGACAGGGAGGAGGCGGCGGACGUAACUCUGAAAUCCAAUCCACACUCCGUACACUCAGCAGCAAGGUGGAAGACCUUAACACCUGCAACGAUCUCAUUGUCAAACAUGGAUCUGCCCUCCAAAGGUCUUUGUCAGAAUUGGAGGGGAUUCGUGUUGGAGUGGACAUGGGCGACAAGAUCAGACAAGUCACAGAGAGAGCCACACUGUUCCGAAUCACCUCUAAUGCCAUGAUCAACGCAUGCAGAGACUUCCUCUCUCUGGCCCAGAGCAACAGUAAGCGGUGGCAAAAGGCCUUACAGACUGAAAGAGACCAGAGGAUACGUCUGGAGGAGACUCUGGAGCAGCUAGCCAAGCAGCACAACCAUUUGGAAAGAGCUUUCAGAGGAGCUACAGUUCUUCCCCCUUCAUUCAGCAAUCUCAACCUGGGUAACAAAGGUAGCGUUUCAGAAAAAGGUGACGCCAGCGACGAGGACGAUGAAAACGAGUUCUUUGACGCCAUGGAAGACCCGGCAGAGUUCAUCACUGUCCCCGCCGACCCCAAGUAUCACAGGAGGUCCGGCAGCAACGUCAGCGGUAUGAGCAGUGAGAUCGGAAUGGACGAUCAGUCAGUGAAUUUUGAUGAACUGUCUUUGGCAUCCAAUCCGGAGUCUCCGCAGUCUCUGGAGCUCGAGCCAGUCAGACAAAGAAGAAGCCGCAUCCCUGACAAACCAAACUAUUACCUCAAUCUGUGGAGCAUCAUGAAGAACUGUAUUGGAAAGGAACUCUCAAAGAUACCGAUGCCUGUCAAUUUCAAUGAGCCGUUGUCAAUGCUGCAACGUCUCUCUGAAGACCUGGAGUAUUACGAGCUCCUGGAUAAGGCCUCAAAGUGUCAGAACUCUCUAGAGCAGAUGUGUUACGUGGCAGCUUUCACAGUCUCCUCCUACUCCACCACUGUCCACCGCACAGGAAAGCCCUUCAAUCCUCUGCUGGGAGAAACGUUUGAGCUCGAUCGGCUCAGAGAGUGCGGCUACCGUUCCCUUUGUGAACAGGUGAGUCACCACCCACCCGCUGCAGCUCACCACGCCAUCUCUGAAAAGGGCUGGACCCUCAGACAGGAGAUUGCGCUGGCCAGCAAGUUUAGAGGAAAAUAUCUUUCCAUCAUGCCCUUGGGUUCUAUUGAGUGUAUAUUUGAUAAAAGCAACAAUCACUAUUCUUGGAAAAAAGUGACCACAACAGUGCACAACAUUAUUGUUGGAAAAUUAUGGAUCGAUCAGUCAGGGGAGAUAGACGUGAUAAACCACAAGACCGGAGACCGCUGCCACCUCAAGUUUGCACCCUACAGUUACUUCUCCAGAGAUGUACCAAGAAAGGUGACAGGGGUGGUCACAGAUAAGGAUGGAAAGGCCCAUUACGUGCUCUCAGGAACAUGGGAUGAAAAGAUGGAGUUCUCCAGGAUAAUGCAGAGCAGCAAAGGCGAAAAUGGCACCGAAGGCAAACAGAGGACCGUCUAUCAGACCCUCAAAGCCAAAGAAAUCUGGAGAAAGAACCCUUUACCGGAGGGAGCAGAGAACAUGUACUUCUUCUCCACGCUGGCCUUGACGCUUAAUGAACCCGAAGAGGGAGUGGCGCCAACGGACAGCCGGCGGCGCCCUGACCAGCGCUUAAUGGAGGAAGGACGCUGGGAUGAGGCUAACGCCGAGAAGCAGAGGCUGGAGGAGAAACAACGCACCGCCCGACGAGAAAGGGAGAGGGAAGCUGUGAAAACAGCCGGCUCACCCGAGGAAGCUAUCAUUGAGGACUCAGCCAAUGACUCGCCUUUGAAAACUGAGGCACAAGAGACUGGCACUGAAGCAAGUGAGGUUUCUGAUGAAAGCGCCCAUCCGGACAACUACCAAGCACUGUGGUUCGAGAAGAUCGACGACCCCGUGUCCGGUCAGUCUCUGCACGUCUACAAGGGCGGUUACUGGGAGGCGAAGGAGCAAGGGAGCUGGGACAUGUGCCCUGAUAUUUUCUGAUCACAGGUGAAUCCAAAUAAGAGGGAUCUUUCCCCGUAUCAGAUGAAGUGGGGAAUCGAGCCUGACACCAACCACUCCUCGGUGUCCGGUGUUUAUCUAAUCACGCCCCCUGGUUCUCUCAUUUCUGCAAGACUUUGCCCUUCGAAGUUGACACAGUGCUCGUGUUGUAGCUGGUUAGUCUCCAAACCUCCUUCUCAAACAGUGGUGUUUGUCUUGGCUUCGUUCCCAGUCCAGGGACGCUGUGAGUUGCAUUUGGAAGCAGGUGACUGUGUUGAUGUUAUUAUUAAAUGUCUUGGAUGCACUACUGUUAGAGGCAUAAUUCUUCCAGAUAACAUCUUUACAAGGUUUGCUCUGAUGCAGUGAGCUUCUGUCUAACAUGUGACCGAUUAUGUAGUUGACUUUGGGUUGCGCAUCCUACAUAAAUGUAUUGCAGCCUCCCCGGCACAGUGACACUGUCAGUCUGGGAUCCGCUGUAGACUUUUGUUUGUUUUUCCUGCCCUUCCUAUCUAGUUUCCCUCUCACUCAAUCUUCUCUGUGCAGCUUGACCGUCGGUCAAAAAUAUAUUAGGCGUACAGAGGAAGAAGGAUUUCCCCUUCUGGGACACUACUGAAAUUCCCUGCAGCGCUUGAGGUUGAAUCGCAAAACCUGAUCUCGAACGGCCAUGAUCCGCUUUGGUGGACCACAUCACAGCCGCCCCCCUGUGGAGCAGAGUCAGAAUAAAAUAGAGUAUUUUUCUUUCCUUAAGGAAGCAACCGGUGGUAUAUUUCAAGGAAUCAUUUUUGUCUGUCGCUGACAGAAACACACAUUACAGAGUUUGCCUUUCGAUUCAUAUUAAUUUUGGUGCUUCUUUAUUCCAUGUGGGGGGAAAAAUACAUCUCUGGGUGUAAACUAUAUCCAGUUAUCAGGUUUUAUCAGUUACUAAAUCUAUUUGAAACCCCUGUAAAAUACCUGGUGGUGGGGGAACAGAUGUAAGAGUAGUUUGUUACAGUUGUUCUGAUUAUGUUGCCCUCUGGUCAUCUUAAGAAGCGUCUAUUUUAAAUGGAUGUACUGUAAACUUCAUUCCCCACGUUAGUUGUAUUUUUUAUACACUUGGAAGGAUGAUAUUUCCCUUUUUCUAUUCCCUUUUUUUUUCUAAACUAUUGAAGAAUUACAUUUGUGCGUAUAAGUAGAUUAGUGUUAAUGCAUUAUUUCCCAUGGUAAGAUAUUAAAUACCAUGUAAGUACCAAACUAUGAAAAUACCAAUACAACUUCAUCUGCCCAGCAGUGGGCAGUACAACAUUAACAUUUUUUUUGUUUGUUUGUUUUUUUUCCAUCAACUGGUUUUGAAGAGUUCAGCUGUCCACUUGACCUGGUGAGAUGAAACCACGUUGGCUGAUGAAAUGAAAUGCCACAUAAACCCUAAUCCUUAGAAUUAAGAUCCAAUGUGUCGGCAAGCCUCCCCCUGAUUUCUAAUCUAUGUGUGUAUGUGUGUGUGUCACAUCAACCUUCUCAGUUCUGCUUUUCAGUGUCGGGGUCAUUCAUGUAGACAGUCGACGUUAAAUUUAAACGAGAAACGGCUGAGCUGACUGAGCCGUGUGCUGAUUCUACUGGCUUGAUGAUUUGUGAAGUGAUUUCUGGCUCCCUGGCUUUACUUCCCACUUAACCGAUCAUAGCUUUAAUCUUGACUGAGUCUUUGUGUGUGGAUUUUUAACAGACAGCAAUAAGAGUGCCUCGGCUCAUACACUGUGGCACAGAGUGAAAUGUGAGGGAAGUGUGAAGCGAGAACGCUGCGAGUGACUGGAUCCCUUUUGUGUGGUUGUCUCUGUUGUUGUUGUUGUUGUUUGUCGUGAGUGGAAAGACUGGGUGGUUGAUGAAAAUAUGGAUACCAUUUUAUAUUCAAGUGUACUUAAAGGUGAGAACACUAAGAGAUAAUAGGACAAAAUAUAGUGUUCCAAAUGUUUUGUCUGUAAAUAUAUAAAAGUGAAAAGUAAAUGUGGUGAUAACUGGUGGCGUUCAUAGAGAAUAUAAAGGCGGUGAUGCACUUUUGUUUUAUUCUUUUCUUCUGUUAAUGUUGUUGCUUAGAUCUGGAUGCAGUUUCCUGUCCGAAGUGAGUGUCCAUGUGAACCAAUGAGUCAUCCUUCUCUUUUCUUUAAUUAUAUUACCUUAUUUCAACUGUUGCUUCAUACUAUCAUUUAAAUAGACGGACUGAUUUUACAUGUUACUAUCUGUCUCUCCUGUGUCUUUUUACCAUGUGUAACACCAUUAUUUUUUUGUCUUUAGUCAUUGGUUUAAAUGUUUGUUUUUUUCCCUCAUAGUUUCCAGUUAUAAAUUCUUUCCCUCUUUUGCAUUGUUUUGAGCCAUAACUGGUUCCAAAAAGAGACUGAAGGUUUUCUCACACUUUAGCUUAGUACUUGAGUGAUUUGAGACUUGAUUUGACUAAGUUUGUUAUUUUAUGUGUUUGUUUUGAUUUUUUUUUUCUUAAACUAUGUUCGGUAAUAGCAAACCUAUUUAUUGAUUCACAGUUCUGAGAAUACAGUUCACGUUUUCUGUCCUUUUAAUGCAGUUUUUAGCGGGAUUAUGUGAGAGAUUGAUUGUAUUAAAGCGUGAAAUGAUCUGAAGAACCUG